CUCCGGAGAGUCAUUCCUCUUCGAUAAAGCGACAAAGAUGGGUUGGCUUCCUCGUCUCGCCACCGCAGCCGCGACCGGAUCCACGACCUUUCUGAAGUUGUGCCGUUCAGGAGACAUCAAGACCAUCAUGGACGUUGAUAGCCACACAGUGCGUUUGUCCGUAGGUUCAAGGUCGACAAUGGACAUUUCUACUGCUUUCGUCGAAUUGGCAAGAAACGCAAAGGAAGAGCUGAAGGAUGCCAUGGUACAGAAGAUGUUGGUGUGUGCCGGUGUUGCUGCUGUUGGGGGCAUCUCCUAUCUGGCCUGGAGGAAGUGUGGCAAGUCUAUCACCAGGUGGCUCUUGCAGAACAAGGGCGAUGUUCAGGAGAAUCACGGACAGGAGAAUCUCAUUGAUGGAGCAGAGAACCAGAAUGGCGAUAUCUAUCAUCAUGAUGUUCGCGAUGAAGACAGUGAAUACUCUGAUGAUGAUGAUGAUGAUGAUGACGAAGAUGGUGAUGGUGAAGAUGAUGAUGAUGAUGAUGAUGAUGAUGAUGAUGAUGAUGAUGAUGACGAUGAAGAGUCUGAUGAAGAAAGGGACAAUGACUACCCUGACCUUGAGACCUAUGUGUACGGUUCCUGGGGGAAGGGGGACGCAGCCACGAUGUUCUCUGACGAGGAGAUUGACGUCCCAGCUGUGCCGGCGUCCGAGAGAAGAGUACAGAGAUCUCGCAAGAGGCUCGUCCGUGUCGGGAGAAUGCGAGACUAAGCGUUCGAGGGCUUCGCAGUGAGGCAAGGGCUGCGUGUGCGUGCGUGGAGAAGAGUGUUUGUGUGGCGUGGAUAUGUGUCAGGUGUGUGUGGUGUAAAAAGCGUAUGCUUCCGGAAUCGUGGAAUGAUGCCUUAUGGGUAGCAAGAUAUGUGAUCAAAAUGGACCCAAUAUGGCUUCAGCGAACUACCCUCGAUAUGGACAUGAACUAAGUACAGUUGUCGGCCGGACUAGAGUGUGUGAGUGUGUUUUACUCCACUUUUAACAAUAUCCCAGUUAUAUCACGGCGUGUCAGCUUAAUGUGGGAGGAAAGCCCGAAGUGAUGCAGGUUUUAGACGUUUACCACUUCGGUGAAACCCACGAGCACGGGUAUGGCCUGAGACGUCUGGGCCCCCCGUGCCCCCCAGGGAGACUAGAAGAAGAGAGGGUUGAGAUCCGAGUACAAUAUCAGUAUUUACUGGAAGGGCUCACACACACCCUCUAAAUACCACUGAGCAGCAAAUACAAAUAUGCAGUGCAUGGUGUAUGGAUACGAAAUGCACCUGCAUAACAGUUAUGAUCAUUUUCUCCUUUUGUGAAUAAAAAAAGUAAUGCCUCUAA